UCUCUUCACACACAAAUCGCUGGUUUUCUGUUUCAGUAGAAGAUCAACACAACACAACACAACACAACAAAACCAAGCUCAGAGAGAUAUUUAUUCAUAGUUUCAUCACAUUCAAUUCACCUUCACCUAUAUAUUUAUCACUUACUCUUCUUCCUUAUUUCACAAAGUUUUUGAUCUGAUAUUUGCUUUUUCAUGCAAUGAUGCACACACCUAAAAGGGUUGGCUGUUUAACUAUCUUCAUUGAAUGCACACAAGAAUAACAAUAACCCAAAAAAAAAAUUUGUUUUUUUCAUCUGGGGUGGUGGUGCUGCUGGUUUUUCAGCUACAACAAUAUAUGAUCUAUCUAUAAUUCUAGAAAUGCAGAAAUGGACAAAGCUCGAAACUUGAGGCGUGGAGCUAUCAGAUUCUCAAAACCCAACAACAACAAGAGACCACACAUGAAUCAUAAGCAAUCUAAAGGACACAAACUCUUCGUUUUGAAAGCUGCUAUUGGUGGUGGUGGGGACCUGAAAUUCUCUGAGAAAUCGAAGAAAGGAAAAGUGAGAAGCUUGAGUGCUGUUGGAAAAGCAUUAUCCAACUGCCAAAUGGGUUGCCACGUUUCAGAAAAAGAAGAACAAGCACAAACACUAACACAUGACGACCCUUCUUCUUCUACCACCACCAUUAUUGCCACUAGCAAGAAACUUAAGCUUCCUAAAAAUUUUUUGAAUGGUGUUCAACAUGCCUCAGUCCCAAGGAAGCUACGUUCAGCCAUGAAGAAGCGCAGCCGUGAAUCCAUGUUAUUUGAUUCAGAAAAGGUGAACCAUAAGAUAAAUGGAAUAUUAGAAUCUCCAAAAAAGGAUGGAAUAAAGAAAUCCAAAGUGAGUGUGAAAGAAGAAAAUGGGGAAGAAUGGUCCCAAAGGGAAGGUGUAUGUGGCCCCAUAAUCACAAAAGAUGAGGAAGAGGUUGCAGAGACUCUCUAUGCCUUGGCUGGAAUGUUCCCUGACAAUGGCAUGAAUGAAAAUAGUAAGCAGCUACAUGAAGAAUCUUUGUUAAAGAACACUUCUGUUUUGGAGGACUUGAAGGAGAAUGCUAAUGCUUCUUCUGAAGCCUCAGGAAUUGCUCAGCAGGAAAGUCCUUGUACUGAAAUAUCUGCUAGAGAAGUUACAAAAAUCAGUUCCUCACAUGAAACUGUUCAUCAGAAGCAUCAACUUGAUUUUCCUAAAAAGGAAGAGGUAUUGAUGGCAUCUCAUAGCACUUCUCCAAUGAUAGAUUUUCAUUCCUUGCCUGUGAUGGAAAAUAGGAACACAAAUUCAACACAUGGUUCUGAGUUAUGUCUAGCAAUGGGAUUAAAUAUGUACAAACAACCACAAAUUGCACACAUGGAGAGGAAGCCAGACAUGGAAUUUGAGAUGGCCAAAGAUGUUGAUUGUAAGCAAGAACAACAUAAACUGAAGGACAGAAAAGAAACAGGAGAAGGUCUUGCAUUCUGGCCAAAUUUAUCAAGAGUACCAGCAGCUAACAAGGGCCCAAAUUGGUUGGAAGCUGCCAUAUGUUCCUCCAAACCCAGUUUCAUGGAAACUUCUUCUUCUAGUGGAAAGAGUUCAGAAGUUGCAACUCAAAAAACAUGGAAGAGGUGUGCAAUUCAUGUUCACAUCAGCCAUAUCAUCCACAAGUUGGAGGUUUUGAAAAGAGGAGUUGUUGUUGAACAACAACCUAAGCUUCAUGAAUUUCAUCAUCAAAUGAGAUCACACGAUGAAGGGUCAAAGAAUGGAGUUCUUAUGGAAGUACCCAACUUCAAUGGGAUGAGAAAUAAUGGAGUUACUUCUUCUUCUGCACCUGUGACAUGUCAAGUUGAAAAUUUGAGGAACCCCCAUCAAAGUAAGAAUGGUUUUCUUCAACAACAAUGCCAUUACCGCGACAUACAACAUGCCAUUCCAACGCCAUUUGCGGCAUAUGGCCCUCAGAAACAAAGUUUCAACUUCUUGUCCUUGUCAAGUGGAAGUAAUGGGUUAAAGGUGGACAAUAGUUAUGAUAAGAUUGGAACUAGGUUGGAAGCAUUGUCAAAGUUGCAACAAGUGCCUUAUUUUCAGACACUAUCACAGCAGAAUGGGCUCAUGUCAAUUCCUACAACACCUCAAAGUCAAUAUGCAUCAGCUUCUUACCUUGAUCAGCUUCCUGUCUCAGGACCACAGGUUCGGCUGCAGCAACCUCAUUAUUAUGGUAACCCGUUAUGUGGAACUCAUUAUGGUUCUUCAACGGUAUCAAAUAAACAACAGUACCAACAAAACUUUUGGGCAGUGCAAUUAGCAGCACAAGGUGGGUCGGCGGCAAAUAGCAACAUUAUGAGGACUCAAUAUCCUAAUUCGCAAAGUGGAAGACAUGAAUAUGCAUUGAGUCAAUGUGCACAAGCCAUUCUUCCUCGUUCCCCUGCAUCACUUGAAGCACUUGGAUCCAAGAUUACUUCAAUCUCUGCCCAACAACAACAGCUCAUUGCUUCUAUACAGGAAAAAUGGGCUAGACCUUCUUCGUCUCCCUUCUGUAAGUGAAGAAAUUUGAGAGAAACUCCCAAGUAGGGCAUGUUUAUGGUGCGAUUUGGAAAAAUCAAACCAAUCCAAUUAUAGCUUACAACCUCCAAGGUUUAUGUACUACACACUUGCGGAUUUUGAUCAAUGAUAACACAAAUUGUAGCAAGAACUAAAAGGAUCUCACUAACUUUUCAGAUGCUUAUGUUAUAAUUCUUUAGUUAUUAUUCCAA